CCUCAGUGGCUGGUUUCAUUCAAUUGGCUCUUGCCUUACCUUAUUCCCUAGCCCAUCCUCAGUUCUUUCUGGCCCCCUCCCCCAAACCGAGGAUUGGAUUAUACCACGCAGUCUCUGGAAAAGGGGGUGGGGAAGCACGGCUUUCGUGCCAUUAGGGUGUGUUGGGGGCUGGGUUUCCAGCAUCCUCAAAGGGUACACCUGGGUACCGGAGCCCGAGGAGGAAAUGGAGGGUCUUUUCACCCGAGCCCCCGCUGGGGGAUAACCUCUCUAGUGGGAGGUUAGGGAAAGGAACUUGGAGUGGGCAAGGAGAGGGAGCAUUGUUAGCCCCCCUAUUUCAUGCUCCCUUUUCUCUCUCCCGUUUGUGGAGCUCCGCGCGCUCUAGUUAGGGGGCGGGGUGGGGGGAGGGGGAGGUUCGCAGUGUUGUUCGCUCGUGCUUCUUGCACCGGGUUAUUCCUGAAAGAGCCGGAGCUAGAAUUAUUGCAGGUUAAACGAAGCGAGGGGUGGGCCGGGUCGGGUCCGGCCCGGCUGGGUCGCUUGGAACAGGAAUCCAAGGGGUUACCUCCCACCCACACCUCGAGCCGCUACCCACGGCCUUCGGAAGAAUCGGCUGCAGAAGGAGUGGCAAGCAGCAUCAGCCGGCAUGAAGGAGGUGUAAGACAAGAGCUUCCCCCCGCACCCCGAUUUUACGUUACGGGCCAGCACUGGAGUCUAUAUGUCCGUCAUCCAAGGACCAGCCUUGCUAAGGCUCAGAGAUAUUCAGUAACAGAAGGCUGUUGACCAGGAUUCGUAAAGUUAAUGAACAGUUGAAGUUUGAUGCUUGUAGCAGAGUUGGGAUUGAUACAUACACCUGGUGUGUGUCAUCAGACCUUCUGUGGCUUGGUGGCUGGUGAGUUGGCACAUAGAUUCAUCUCGGAAUGCCAUUAGUGAAGAGAAAUAUUGACCCCAGGCACCUGUGCCAUACAGCACUGCCCAGAGGCAUUAAGAAUGAACUGGAAUGUGUAACCAAUAUCUCCUUGGCAAAUAUAAUUAGACAACUAAGUAGUCUGAGUAAGUAUGCUGAAGAUAUAUUUGGAGAACUAUUUAAUGAAGCACACAGUUUUUCCUUCAGAGUCAACUCUUUACAAGAGCGAGUAGAUCGUUUGUCUGUUAGUGUUACACAACUUGAUCCCAAGGAAGAAGAAUUGUCAUUACAAGAUAUCACAAUGAGAAAAGCUUUCCGAAGUUCCACAACUCAAGAUCAGCAGCUGUUUGACCGAAAGACUUUGCCAAUUCCAUUACAAGAAACUUACAAUGUUUGUGAGCAGCCUCCACCUCUCAACAUACUCACUCCUUACAGGGAUGAUGGUAAAGAGGGUUUGAAGUUUUAUACCAAUCCUUCAUAUUUCUUUGAUCUAUGGAAAGAAAAAAUGUUACAGGACACUGAAGAUAAGAGGAAGGAAAAGAGAAAGCAGAAGCAGAAAAAUCUAGAUCGGCCUCUUGAACCAGAAAAAGUGCCAAGGGCACCUCAUGACCGGAGGAGAGAAUGGCAGAAGUUAGCGCAAGGUCCUGAGCUUGCGGAAGAUGAUGUGAAUCCCUUACAUAAGCCAAGUGAAGUUGCUAAUGGCCCAGCCUCUCAGUUUGAACCAAGACCUCAGGCUUAUGUGGAUCAUAUGGACGCCUCUUACUCACUUUCUGCAUUACCCUUUAGUCAGAUGAGUGAACUUCUAAACAGAGCUGAGGAAAGGGUCUUAGUGAGACCUCAUGAGCCACCUCCACCUCCUCCAAUGCAUGCAUCAGGAGAUGGAAAAGCGGCACCUACUUGCAUCAGCUCUGCUCCAGGCUUGGUAGAAAGCCGGCCCCAGUCACCAGCCACAGGCAGAACUGCAGUGUUUGUGAGCCCCACACCCCCACCUCCUCCACCUCCUCUUCCGUCUGCCUUGUCAACUACUUCGUUAAGAGCUUCAAUGACUUCCACCCCUCCCCCUCCAGGACCUCCCCAACCUCCACCUCCAGCUGCGGCUCUUCAAGCUCCAGCAGUGCCGCCCCCGCCAGCUCCUCUACAGAUCGCACCUGGAGUCCUUCACCCAGCUCCUCCUCCGAUAGCGCCACCUCUGGCGCAGCCCUCCCCUCCAGUCACUAGAGCUGCCCCAGUGUGUGAAACUGUACCUGUUCAUCCACUCCCACCAGGGGAAGUGCAAGGGCUGCCUCCACCUCCACCCCCUCCUCCCCUGCCACCUCCAGGCAGCAUUCGGCCCUCGUCACCUGUCACUGUUGCAGCUCUUUCUCAUCCUCUCUCUGGAGUACACCCACCCCCAUCGACUGCCCCUGGGCCUCACGUUCCAUUAAUGCCUCCAUCUCCUCCAUCCCAAGUUGUUCCUGCUCCGGAGCCAAAGCGCCAUCCAUCAACCCUGCCAGUAAUAAGCGAUGCCAGGAGCGUACUUCUGGAAGCAAUACGGAAAGGUAUUCAACUACGAAAAGUAGAGGAACAGCGUGAGCAAGAGGCUAAACACGAACGCAUUGAAAACGAUGUGGCCACCAUCUUGUCCCGCCGGAUUGCUGUGGAGUAUAGCGAUUCUGAAGAUGAUUCAGAGUUUGAUGAAGUGGAUUGGCUGGAGUAAAGAAACAUCCAUUAAUACACAACCAAACUGAAUGCAAAUGUCCAUUGUGGUGCUUGUUCUUUGAAAAUGGUUGGUCAUUACUAGUGUUUGUAUUUUUUUCCCCCCUUCAAUCUUUUUUUUUGGUCCUAUUUUUUCAGUUUACAAGAAAACUAGCACAUCUUUCAAGUUAGGUGUUUUAUGGUGGCCUUCCUUACCUUUUUAUUUUUCCUGGAAAGAAAAUUACUUUGUUCAUAUAGGCCACUAAGUAUUAAGCAUGGGCAGCUGUUACUAGAGUAGCAAAUUCAGUUUAUUUUUGUUUUGUUUUUUACAUAUCUUAAUUGUGCACUUUGUGAAUUUUAAGUUAAUGAAGGUAACUGAGAUUGAAAUUCCAAGGGCAGCUGUAUGUAUUAAUGAGCCUUAUUCCAUUUUAAAUAAUGUCAAGAAAUGCAUUAAACCUGUCAAGAGAUCACUACCUUGAUUAUGUGAGUACACUAAGAAAGGACAAUAGUAUGUAGUACUGAGUACAAUUCAAGAAAAAAAAAAGCUUGAGCUUUUUUAAUCUUUUUUUUUUAAUUUUUAAAUAAUCAUGGCCUUAUAUUUGAGUGUUUAGCAGUUUCCCUUCCCCUGGCACUCCAUCCCUUAAAAUACAUAUUGUGUGUGGUACUAUUUGCCUGCCUACAAGUUUGAUUUUUUCAUGUGAAAUAUUCUGACUGAAACAUAUUGUGUAAGUUAUGUAACUGUUAAGAAUAAUAGUCUGAUUUAAUAAACAGUUCAUUUUAAAUGUU